AUGUAUCAUUUUAGGUAAGUAAGUAAUGAGAACAAACUUAUAACAAUAAUAAUUAAUUUUAUAUAUUUUUUUUUAAUUUAGAAUUUUGAAAAACAAAAAAUUAGAAGAAAUAAAUAAUAUAAUUGAAAAAUGGUCUAAAAUUGAUGAAGACAGACAAUUUAAAACUAAAAAUGACUUAUUUGAAAGUGAUGAUGGCAUAGAGAAGUGGUCAGACAUUAAAAUAUGUUAGUUUAGUUACACUUACGUUACAAAAUGCUCUGGUUGGGCUUAGUAUGCGUUAUGCACGUACAAGAUCAGGAAAUAUGUUUCUUUCAUCAACUGCGGUAGUAAUGGCAGAAGUUGUUAAACUUUUAACAUGUCUGACGUUAGUUCUUGUUGAAGAAGGAAAUCUUGCAAAAUUUUUUAAUGCAAUAAAGUUGACAAUUAUAAAGCAGCCUAUAGAUACUUUAAAAGUAUCUGUGCCAUCAUUUUUAUACAUUAUACAAAAUAAUCUUCUAUAUAUAUCAGCAUCUAAUUUAGAUGCAGCAACUUAUCAGGUAACAUACCAACUAAAAAUUUUAACGACAGCAUUUUUUGCCGUGAUAAUACUACGAAGGUCUUUAAAAAGUACUCAAUGGGGAGCUUUAAUAUUAUUAGUUAUAGGAGUAGUAUUGGUACAAUUAGCACAAAGUUCAGAUACUGCUUUACCAUCCGGCAUAGAACAGAGUCGUUUACUUGGAUUUUCAGCUGCUUUAAGUGCGUGUUUUCUAUCAGGUUUUGCAGGAAUAUACUUUGAGAAAAUACUAAAAGAUUCAGAUAUAUCAAUAUGGAUGAGAAAUGUUCAAUUAAGUUUAUUAUCAUUGCCUUUUGGAUUAAUUACGUGUUUUGUAAAUGACAGUGAAAUGUUAAAAAAACAAGGUUUCUUUUUUGGCUAUGAUCUAUUUAUUUGUUAUUUAAUUGUACUUCAAGCAGGCGGAGGUCUUAUUGUUGCAAUGGUAGUUAAGUAUGCAGAUAAUAUACUUAAAGGUUUUGCUACGUCUCUGGCCAUUAUAAUUUCGUGUAUAGCUUCUAUAUAUCUUUUUAAUUUCCAUUUGAAUUUCCAGUUUUCUUUAGGUGCAAUUUUAGUAAUAUGUUCAAUUUUCAUGUACAGUCAUGAACCAAAAUCCACAUUUGUUGAUAGACAUUCUCUAACUGAUAAAGUUUGAUGUAACUCGAAUUAAACUUGUCUGUAAGAUAAACGUGAUAUUGUUUAAUUCAGCAAAUGUUUUAACAUGUUCGUUCAACAAUAUUUGAAUUAAUGUAUUUUUUCCAUGUGAAAUAGCAAUUAUAUCGUUAAAGUAUUACUAUCUAUAAUCAGUCACAAAAGUUUAUACAUAUUUGAUACAUAUUUGAUUAUACAUAUUUGAUAAAUUUUAAAUAUUUAAAGAAAAACAAGAACUUCAAACAUUAUUAAAUUAAUUUAUUUAUUAGAUAAAGUUAUAA